CUCCAUUCCGUCUCAUAGCGACGGUCCGCGUGUGCGCGGAGCAGCUGACGGACUUGGAAGCUCUCUGACUUAAGUCUCGCAGCAAAUCCCUUUAGCCGCGAGCUGACAUGGCUUGACUGAUUCCUGCGGGAAGUCUUCAGGAAAUGCAACAGGUGGAGGAGCUGUGGUUGUGAACCCUGGACCAUCCCCUCAUUAGCGUGUCCGGCUAGCUGCUGUGUGUCACUACUUGAAGGUGCCUGAGAGGAGAGGAGGGAGUCGGACGGGCAAACCACUGCACGGUCAGGUGCCACCAUGGAUGACAACAGUGUCAGUGACUCCAAUGUAAAGGUGGCUGUUCGUGUGCGGCCAAUGAACAGGAGAGAAAAAGACCUGAAAACCAAAUGUGUGGUGGAGAUUGAUGGGAACCAGACAGUCCUGCAUCCAGCCGUCACUAGUAUGAACACAGCAGACCCCCGGAAUCAGCCCAAGGUCUUUGCGUACGACUACUGUUUCUGGUCUAUGGACGACUCUCAGAAAGACAAGUUUGCAGGUCAGGACGUGGUGUUCCAGUGCCUCGGGGAGAGUCUGCUGGACAAUGCCUUCAUGGGCUACAACGCCUGCAUCUUUGCUUACGGGCAGACGGGUUCUGGGAAGUCGUACACCAUGAUGGGCUCGUCAGAGCAGCCCGGUCUUAUCCCUCGACUCUGCAGCUCGCUGUUCAGCAGGACUGAGAAGGAGGCCCGUGAAGGGGAGAGCUUCACUGUGGAGGUGUCCUACAUGGAGAUUUACAACGAGAAGGUCCGAGACCUGCUCGACCCGAAGGGAAGCCGACAAGCGCUGAGAGUCAGAGAGCACAAAGUUUUGGGGCCUUACGUGGACGGUCUCUCCCGUCUGGCUGUGACCAGCUACGAGGACAUCGAGUCUCUGAUGUCAGAGGGAAAUAAGUCUCGCACGGUGGCGGCCACAAACAUGAAUGAGGAGAGCAGCAGGUCGCACGCCGUGUUCAACAUCAUCCUCACGCACACGCUCAUGGACCUGCGGUCUGGGACGAGCGGGGAGAAGGUGAGCAAGCUGAGUCUGGUGGAUCUGGCUGGAAGCGAGCGGGCAGCGAAGACUGGAGCUGCAGGGGAGCGGCUCAAAGAAGGCAGCAACAUCAACAAAUCUCUCAGCACUCUGGGUUUAGUCAUCUCUGCCUUGGCUGACCACGGAGCAGGGAAGAACAAGAGCAAGUUUGUCCCCUACAGAGACUCUGUGCUCACCUGGCUGCUCAAGGACAGCCUCGGAGGGAACAGUCGCACCGCCAUGGUGGCCACUAUCAGCCCAGCAGCAGACAACUACGACGAGACGCUGUCCACUCUUCGUUACGCCGACCGGGCCAAGAACAUCGUCAACCACGCCGUGGUGAACGAAGACCCCAACGCAAGGAUCAUCCGCGAGCUACGAGAGGAAGUGGAGAAGCUGAAGGAGCAGCUCACCGAGGCGGAGUCUAUGAAGGCCCCCGAGCUCAAGGAGCGACUGGAGGAGUCGGAGAAACUGAUCCAAGAUAUGACGGUCACCUGGGAGGACAAACUUAGGAAAACGGAGGCCAUUGCACAGGAGCGUCAGAGGCAGUUGGAGAGCCUGGGCAUUUCUCUGCAGUCGUCUGGUAUCCGAGUGGUCGAAGAUAAGUGCUAUCUGGUCAACCUCAACGCUGACCCUGCCCUCAACGAGCUGCUGGUCUACUACCUAAAAGAUCACACGCGCGUGGGUUCAGCCGACUCACAGGACAUCCAGCUGUGUGGGAUGGCCAUCCAAGCAGAACACUGUGUCAUUGACGUCACAGAGAGCCACGGCGUGGUGCUCACUCCUCACCGCAAUGCUAAAACGUACGUGAACGGCACCGAGGUCGUGAAUCCCGUGCAGCUUCACCAUGGCGACAGGAUCCUGUGGGGGAACAACCACUUUUUCAGGAUCAACCUGCCCAGGCAAAAGGUGCAAAAGGGGGGCGAGGAAGAGGAGGAUGCCGCGAUGACAAAGCGUUCGAGCAGCGACUGUCUGGAGGUCGGCGAGCCGGACGCGUGCAGCGACGUGUCGAGCGAGAGGAGCUUCGGCUACGAGUUCGCCCAGGCCGAGGUCAUGAUGAAAGGCAUGUGGAACAACGACCCGUUGCAGUCAGUGUUGCAGACCCUGGAGAAGCAGCACCAGGAGGAGAAGCGCUGUGCUCUGGAGCGCCAGAGGCAGAUGUAUGAACAGGAGCUGCAGCAGCUCCGCCAGCGAGUCACCCCCGAGAAACCAUCGGGCGUCCCAGGCAGUGCUACUGCAGCCGUGUUGUCAGCCGGCUCGAACAAACGUGUGCGUCGCUGGAGCGAGGACAGAGAGGCCAUGAUAACCCGCAGCCUGCGACGACUUAAAGAGCAGAUCGUUCGGGCUAGGCUGUUGGCUCAGGAGGCCGGCUUCAUUGCUGAGGAGCUCAACAAAAGGACGGAGUAUCUGGUCACUCUGCAGAUCCCGGCCGCCAACCUGGACGCCAACAGAAAGCGCGAUGCAGUGCUGAGCGAGCCGGCCAUCCAGGUGCGGCGUAAAGGUAAAGGGAAGCAGAUCUGGGCUCUGGAGAAGAUGGAGAACAGGCUGGUGGACAUGAGGGAGCUCUACCAGGAGUGGAAGGAGCUGGACGAAGACAAUCCAGUGAUGCGCUCCUAUUUCAAACGUGCUGACCCCUUUUUCGAUGAGCAAGAGAAUCACAGCCUGAUCGGUGUGGCCAAUGUCUUCCUGGCCUGUUUGUUCUACGACGUCAAACUGCAGUACGCGGUGCCCAUCAUCAACCAGAAGGGAGAGGUGGCAGGUCGGCUUCACAUCGAAGUGUGGCGUGGUACAGAGAGCUGUGAAGAGGAAGGUGGAGGCGGUCCUGACAAGCAGCUGAGCAGCACAGAUGGAGAUCCACAUGAGCGCAGACUCCGCUGCGUGGUGAAAAUCCUCCAGGCCACCGGGCUUCCUCGCCACCUGUCCAACUUUGUCUUCUGCCAGUAUCGCUUCUGGGCGCAGGAGGAGCCGGUGUUCACCGCUCCAGAGGUGGCCUCUUCCAGCUCGGCGUCCGCCUCCAGAGACCCUCAGUGUACUGUAGUGUUUGACAGCACCAAGGAAUUAUCUGUGCCGGUAUCGGAAGAUUUUGUGGAAUUUCUGGCUGAGGGGGCGGUGGCCAUCGAAGUGUAUGGUCACAAACAGGCUAACCAUCGCAGGAAUCUGGCACUGUGGGACCUGGGAGUGAUCCAAGCCAAGACCAGAUCCCUCAGAGAGAGGUGGAGCGAGGUGACCCGUCAGCUUGAAUUGUGGGUGAAGGUGAUGGAGCUGAAUGAGGCGGGAGAGUUCACAGCUGUAGAAGUUGUUCCUGCUAAAGACGUCCGGACAGGAGGAAUCUUCCAGCUCAGACAGUUCCUGCGAACGCGCACAGACAAGUCGGAGGAUGAUGUUGAAAGGGAAUCGCAGCUGUUGGAGUGCCGGCUGACCCUCACCGAAGAACGGAACGCCGUCAUGGUCCCGUCCGCUGGCAGCGGCAUUCCUGGAGCGCCAGUAGAGAGGGUCCCUGUGCCUGGGAUGGAAACACACACUCCUGCCCUGUUUCUGGAUCUCAGUGCCGACGAUUUCCAGUCCAGUCUGUCGGCCCCGCUGGCCGGAGGACAGGACGCGCUGCUCAGUGGGAAAGAUGAAGACGACUUCUUUGACCUCCAUAUUGUUAAACACUAUGAUCCAGAGGUGAAGGCCGAGGCGUCCUGGGACUCCACGGUCCACGAGUGCCCCCAGCUGAGUCGCGUGGCGCCCGCUGACCAGAGGGUGUACCUGACGGUGCGCACGGUGGUGCAGCUGAGCCAUCCGGCCCACAUGCAGCUGGUCCUCAGGAAACGCAUCUGUGUCAGUGUUACUGGGAGACAGGGUUUUGCCCAGAGUCUGCUGAAGAGGAUGUCUCAGCGGAGCUCCGUCAGCGGCUGUGGGAUCACCUUUGAAGUGGUUUCUAACAUCCCAGGAGACAUCCACGGUCCAGAGGACAGGGAGAUGCUGGCCCGGCUGGCCGCCAGCGCAGAGGACGAGCAGUCGGCCGCCAGCGAGGCAGCCAUCGAGAAAUACCUCCGCAGUGUCCUGGCUGUGGAGAACAUCCUGACGCUGGACAGGCUCAGACAGGNGGUGGCUGUGAGGGAGCAGCUGGCUGGCAGAGGAAGAGCUGCCAGACGGUGCCUGAGCUCGUCGGACUUGGAGCGGCUGUCAGGCAGCAGCCUGGAUCUUGGCUCCUCCCCUCUUAAGCUCAAAGACUUCAAGGCCUGGGACAGUCAUCACGACCUCUCUGUGGCGCCGCCUCCUCCUUCCAGACGCACCCUUCCCAGCUCCUUGUCCCAGAAUCUGAACGCAGAGACGGUGAAGGCCGUACCCAGGCUACUGAAGUCGCUGCUUCCUGGUGGGAAAGAGGGCAGAGACCAGACAGCUGUCCAUCAGCAGAGUCUGCCGCGCAUCGUGGUGCAGUCGGCCAGCGUUGAAGAGGACAUGAGCAAACAGCGGCAGGCGGUCCCCAUUGAUGAAACAGAAAUCCCCAGAUCUGUGCCUCUUCCACCUCCAAUCAUCCCAGAAACUGAAGACUCCACCACCAGUCCAGUGAGCGAGGCUUCCAGUGGAUAUAUGUCAACAAGCAUAUCUACAGUAACGCUGUCAGAAGUCUACACGCUGAGCUGGGACUUGCCUUCGUCAUAUGGUAGCAGGGAUGGCUUUGAAACUGUGCUCGAUGAGCACGAGGAGGAAAAUGUUGUGACACAGAAGUUCUCUCCUUUCUCUGACACCACACAAUCGGACACUCUUAUUUUAGACCAAUCAGGGCCUCAGGAAUUACUGAGUUUGAGACAGAAAGCAGAUGCAGAGAGUAUGGAGCAGGAGCCAUCUGAACCAGAUGUUAUGCCGAGUCAACAAGAACCAAAUCGGUUCCUAUCAGACCAGUUAAAGGAGGCCGAAAAAUCAGAUCCAGCUGCAGAAGCAGAAUUGCCAGACCAGACCGAACAAAAACAGGACCGUGGAUCAGAGCAACGAGAUCAUUCAGAGGUGGCACAAAACAAUGGGACCAAGCAGACAGAAGUGCGCCAUGUAGACCACAGUGAACCAAAGACUCCUUCAAGAGAAGAUCUCGAGGUGGCUGCCACAAACAAAGUAGAAUGUGAACUGGCGUUUUCUAAUGAGACACAACAAUCUGCUCAAGAAGGAGCGAGGCGUUUGGAAUCAACCGUCCUGCAACCCCAGCAGCGCACACAAGAUCAGACGGCUUCAGACUUUAUUCAAGAUCCUUCUCCAAGCCUGAUCCAAGCCUCAAGUCCUGAUCCAGGACCGCCUGUAGACCUGGCUGCUCAAGCUUCAUCCAAGCAACAGUCAACUUCUGAUGUUCCAGAAACAAAUGGUGCCUCCUUCCUACCCUCAUCCUCAGCCACCAGUGAGGUUCAGCAGCCAGCAGCUUCUGUCAAACCUGCCAAAGGCCCCAUUUCUUCUCCCAAAUCAGGUCCCUCAGUAGCUAACCCCUUCAAGAUCCAGAAAGUGAAGUCUUCAGACCUCAAGUCAUUUCUGCAGAUUCUGAGUGAGGAGGAGCAUGAUACCCCCACACUGGUGAACCAACCCUCAAGUUGUGGGACAGGACCCAACCUUUCAGUGCCGAAGGAAAGUCUGGAAAUCAUCUCUGACACAGAGGAUGGAGAUACAGCUGCUUCUGCUGUUCUUCCCGAGUGGUUGAAAGAGGGCGAGUUUGUGAGUGUGGGGGCUAAUAAGAGUGGUACGGUGCGAUAUUUGGGACCCACAGAUUUUGCAGAGGGGACUUGGGUUGGAGUGGAACUUGAAGUACCAGCAGGAAAGAACGAUGGGUCAGUGGCUGGUAAGCACUACUUCCACUGCAACCCUGGUUACGGCGUGUUGGUAAGACCUGACAGAGUAACCCGUGGCGAUCCCAAACGCCAUCGCCAGCAGCAACAAAAACGCCGUAGUGCCCAUCUGUCGGGGUCCAGCCCAAACCUGGCAGCCCUUACAGCUCUGGCCAAAGGCGAAGGUGGAACCGGAUCAACCGGUCGCGGCAGGGGGGAGAACCGCAAGUCGUGGAACACUUAAAUGGCUCAUUGCUGGGCAUCGCCAGCACAUCACUGCCCAUAUGGGACAAAAGCUUAAGCCUACUGGCACAGUGGUGUCUGGCGUACUUUAGACCGAUUUACUGGAGGUUUGACAGUAAGUUUGGAUGAGUCACUCCACGCUCUCGUGUCUGGAGGAUGAUUUUUGGCUUUUCCUGUUACAGGACUCCAUUCCUGUGUGACGUACUUGGCAGACAUUGGAUGUUUUAUCUGAAAAUGUGAAUGCUUUUAGAUAAUUACACGCUAACCUUUUAUAAAUGUAUUUAUUCAAAAGACAUUACAUUGUAAUCAAAGCACUGCGACCUGUAUAUGUCGUGUAAGGAAGCAAGGGUACACAUGAAGUACGCUACAGACGGAUUCACAGGAGGCACAGUUUCCUUUUUACUGUGCAUACCAAAAAUGCCCCCCCACCC